GUGUUGUCAAACAUUUUUAAAUGUGAAGGAAUUAAAAUUUUCAAUUUUUUUGUCCAUCAAUUAGGAAUUUCUCCCAUUUUCACAAAUUCUUUCGGGUACAAAUUCAAAUCGCCUGAAGACCUCUAUCUGCUAUAAAAAUCGAAUAAAAAUGUCGAAAUUUUCCUCAUCAACUAGCCGUCAUCGGAACUUGCCUACAUCCGAUGUAGAAGCUUUAGACCAACGGGGCUACAAUGUGGGCCAUAAAAUCGGAGAAGGUUCGUACGCCACUGUCGCAACGGCUGGAUAUGCCACUGACAAAGGGCGAGGUCUGCAGCUAGCCUGCAAGAUAGUCGACAAGACAAAAGCCCCUUCGGAUUUUGUUAAUAAGUUUUUCCCUCGCGAAUUGGAGAUUCUAACAAAAAUCGAUCAUCCAAACAUUGUACAAAUCCAUAGUAUUUUGCAGCGCGGUCCAAAGAUAUUCAUUUUCAUGCGUUAUGCGGAAAAUGGUGAUUUGCUGACAUACAUCAAGAAAAAUGGUCCGAUUGAGGAACUGCAGGCCAAGCUCUGGUUUAUGCAAAUGGCCAAGGCCAUCAAGUAUUUACACUCACUUGACAUUGCACACCGUGAUCUCAAGUGUGAGAAUAUUUUAAUAUCAAAGCGUCUCAAUGUCAAGUUGGCCGAUUUUGGAUUUGCCCGUUAUUGUCGAGAGGAAAAUGGACGCGAAAUCAAAUCAUCAACGUAUUGUGGUUCGGCCGCCUAUGCUGCUCCGGAGGUUGUCAGCGCUACUCCUUAUGAUCCCAAAUUGGCGGAUGCUUGGUCUCUCGGUGUCAUACUCUUUAUAAUGCUCAAUGCCAAAAUGCCAUUUGACGACAGCAAUUUGAUGAAAUUGCUCGAUGCUCAGCGCAACAAAAGAUUUGCCUUUAGAAGUAAACUGCAGGAUCAAUUUUCGGCACAGGCAAAGGCCACAGUUGCUGUUUUGUUGGAACCAGAACCUCAUGCUCGUUGGGAUAUGCGUGAAAUUCUCCACUGUAGUUGGCUCUGCGAUGGUGGAAAUUAAGAGACAAGAUUCCUGCAAAUUUCACUUAAAUUCUUGUUUAAGCUGCAACAACUCUUGAAAGCUGAAGCAAAAAAUUAUAAAUUAUCCAAAUCAAAA